AUGGGAAAGCUCAAUGUAACAAUACUUCGGUAUCUCACGAAGGAAGAUUUUCGAAUCUUAACAGCGAUCGAAAUGGGCAUGAAGAAUCACGAACUUGUACCGGGAGUUCUGGUGGCCGCUAUUGCAAGCCUAAAGAGCGGUGGAAUUCAUAAAUUGUUGCGCGAACUGUGCAAACAUAAGCUCCUUACGUACGAACGAGGCAAACGAUUCGAUGGAUACCGUUUGACGAAUGCCGGAUAUGAUUAUUUAGCGCUGAAAUCGCUUACACUACGCGGAGCUAUUGCCGGAUUCGGCAAUCAGAUUGGAGUCGGCAAAGAAUCAAACAUCUACACAGUGGUGGAUGAGGAAGAGAAUUCACUGUGUCUGAAACUGCACCGUCUCGGUCGUAUCUGCUUCCGUAAUGUCCGUGAGAAGCGUGAUUAUCAUGGCAAGCGUCGUAAGAUGAGCUGGCUUUAUCUGUCGCGCAUUUCAGCAACGCGCGAGUUUGCCUACAUGAAAGCCUUGUACGAUCGUGGCUUUCCCGUACCGAAACCGGUCGAUUUUAACCGACACUGUGUUAUUAUGGAGCUCGUGAAUGGCUACCCGCUAACAAACGUGUCCGAAGUGGGUAAUGUCGAAGCACUGUACGACGAUUUGAUGAAUCUUAUCGUGCGGCUUGGAAAUUGCGGCGUUAUACACAGUGAUUUCAACGAAUUCAACAUCAUGAUAACGGACGAUCAACGUCCGAUCUUGAUCGAUUUUCCUCAAAUGGUUUCGACGUCACAUCCAAACGCUGAAAUGUACUUCGAUCGAGACGUGCAGGGCGUGCGCGAACUGUUCCGAAAAAAGUUUGGAUACGAGAGCGAAGAUUAUCCACGAUUCGGCGAUCUGGAGCGUGACGACGAACUCGAUCGGGAAGUGCUCUGUUCGGGGUAUGGUUUUACGCAGGAAAUGGAGGACGAUCUGAUGAAGGAAUAUCACGAUGAAAACCGGUCACAAUGUUCGGAAAACGACCUAUCAGACACCGAUGAAGAUACAGAUAAUGAAACGGCAGAUCAAGAAAAUAAUCAGCAUGAUGAGCAUGCCCUUCUCGAUAAGAAGGAACUAGAGGAAUGUCGUCGAAAGUUAGAAGAAGAAAUGAAACUGUCGGAAGGCAAACAGCCGCAGCCGGAUUCGAAAAAGAAAGAACCGAACGCCGCUAUUUUCAGCUACCUCAAGUCAUUGUCCAACCAAGAAGAACUUGAAAUGCCUGAACGCAAUGAAGAGGAAGAAAUUGAACCUGACAAUCUUAGCAUCAUUCAGCAACGCCAGAUAGAGGAAGAUUGUCCUUCCACAGAGCAUUUGGUGCAACCGGAUUCACAAGGCAACAUCGAAUCCGAUGAUCCUGAAAGUGAGCCGGAAGAUAACACGAUUGAUACAAACUCACGGCAGUAUCGUAUGGCGAUGGUGAGAAAACUGCUGGAUGAUGCGCGAAGCGUUCGAUCCUUUUCCACCACCGCCAGUACAAUAGCGCCGUCGAUAGUCAGCAAUCGUAUAAAAGGAGAUAUUCAACAGCGGGAAAAGAAAGACAUGAAGAAACGGCUCGUGCCGAAGGGUGAAGCGAGUGCCGUUAGACGAAUGCGGAAGGAUAAUAAUGCGAUAUUGAAUGAAUAUCGUGGAUGGGAAUUUUAA